AUGUACGAUCAGCUGGUGACGAGUCAGAAGAAGAGAUCUGUCAGUUCUGCUGCUUCGUCAUCGAAAGAGUCGAAGCGUCACUGGUCUGAUCCUAAAACUCUCGCCGCAUAUAUACAACUUUUCGUCAAUACGGUUAUUAUAUCUGGCCUCUUGUACCUGUGUGUACGCUUCUUACGGCUAGUGAAUCGCGAUGUUGAAUGCAAGUUCAGAAACAAAGUCGCGCUAGCCGCCAAGGCUGCACUUGAGUGCCGAGCCAAUUACGAGACCAAUCGUUGCGAACCAGAAGAACGAGCGCCUGCUCUCGAGGCCCAAUGUGCCGAGUGGGCACACUGCAUGAGUCGCAGUCAGGAGCUUUGGGAUUUGCAGCACUCGGCUGUUCUUUGGGCUGAAACUCUAGCAGAGAUCAUUAAUGGAUUUUUCAAACCCAUUAGCAUCAAAUCUCUAAUCAUACUAUUGACGUUCACUUUUGGCGUUAUCAUUGUUUCCAACAUUGCGUUUGGUUCCUACAGGGUCCAUUACUACGGAGCUCUUAAUAGUCCACAAAAUUCAGACCUUUCCUCGAGAGGUCCGCGACCAUUGUAA